AUGGAACAAAUCAAAGAGAAUCAAGUUGCAUUCAAGGAAGAUUUGGAGCAAGUAAAGAGCAAUAUUGACUCAAUGAAAGGAGACAUGAGUCAAGUUCUGUUAGCUUUGAAGAACAUCAUUGAGAGGCAAGAACAGAUUCCCAGGGUAGCCUUUGAAGAAGUAGCCCAAACUAUUGGUGCAUCAAGCGGUCACCAACCAAGAAGAGAACCAGUGUCAGGACCUCUAAAGUCAACUAUAGCACAACAAGAGGUCAGACAAGUUGAUACUGAAGGGUUUGUUCCACCUCCACCGAAGGUAGGGGCAUCCCAUUCUUUGCAUAUUCCAGUCAAUAAUGCGGACAAUUACAUAGACUUACAAUAUGGAGACAUUAAUUUGAAAGGUGCUACUCAGACACACCAACCCAAGAUGGUUGAGAAUCCCUUGGCGCUCAAUCAGUAUAAAAUCUUGAAGAAAGGUUGA